GUUACUCGCACCUACUGGCGGCUGGUCUUCAUUUUUCCGAAUCGUCCAUUUUCAACCUCCCAUCUCGCCAAGAUGAACCCCCAUCAGCAGAACAAGAUCGAUACCAGCAAGAUGAGCCCUGAUGAGCAACGCCUUUUUCGCCUCUAUGGCAAAAUGCCCACCAAGAAGGAUCUCCUGCAGAACAAGCUGAAGGAGCGGAAAUACUUCGACUCGGGCGACUAUGCGCUUAGCAAGGCCGGAAAGGCUUCGGACGUGGGUGUCACCAACAUCGGCUCCCAACACCCCGUCCCGGAGAACAUCCCUCAUCUGACGGCCACCUCGCCCGGUGCCAACAAUCCCGCAGCCGCAGGCAAUGGCGGGAGCAUCAGCGCGCAGGGAGGACAGCAGAUCCCCGGUAGCAUUAGUGGCCAUCCAGGCUCCAUCGGAUUUCAGAGCCGAAGCCCUGUGAAGGAGGCGAGUUAUCUGCAACGGGGAACAAGCGUGGAUGAAGCCGAGGGGGCUGAGCAGAACAACGAUGAUAGCGUGAGCCCACCUCCGGCUCGGGGUGGGGUUCCUAUUCGGCAAUAAAUCAUCGACAUGCGUUUUCCUGCCUUGUCUACAUCCCUUUUGCUUCAGUCUCUCUGUUUUCCUGUUGGUGGUGGGUGGCAUCAAAAGAGCCUGGCGCUAUCGGUCUAUUCUAAUGUAUUCACGACAUUUGUUUCUCUUCUCUUUUCUUUUCUUUUCUUUUCGCCUUUCCCCCACCUCUUCCAGCAUCAACGAUUUCUGUGAACGAACCCGUGUGGGCUCUGUUCCUGGCCAGCAGCAACGAAGUUGCAUGGGCGAGACGGAGGUUCAAUUCAGCCACCUUCUGUGGUCUGGGCAUGACUUGGUGGAUGAAG